CCAGUCACAAAGUCAUUUUAAUGUAAUGUAGCUGAUCGGAGAUAUAUUUUUCAAAGUAACAAAUAUCUCUCAUGCAAAUGAAAUUACUGUUGUAGACUGUCCACUCAUAUUGAGUUUGCUUUUAAACAGAAAAACAAAUGGAGGAACCACCUCGACCAGAACUGUUUGACUUCCAUGGCGUCUCCAUGACAAAAUUCUUCACUGACAACUGGGAAAACGUAAAGAAAUUCAAGGCCAAACCAGACGAUAUUGUCAUAGCCACUUACCCUAAAUCAGGAACCACAUGGGUCUGCUACCUGCUGGAUCGUUUGUACUUUGGAAAGACACAUCCAGAGAAAGAGACAUCUCUCCCUUUAUAUAUGCGAGUACCUUUUCUGGAGCUCUGCAUCCCUGGUCAUCCCAAAGGAAAAGACCUGGCAGACCAGCUCACCAUCACUCCUCGUCUCAUUAAAACUCAUCUACCGGUUCAGCUUGUACCAGAUACAUUUUGGGAGAACAACUGUAGGGCAAUCUACGUAGCUCGUAACCCUAAGGAUGUUGUGGUCUCACAUUUCCACUUUAGCCGCAUGAACAGCAUCCAUCCUGCACCCGGAGACUGGGAUGGCUUUCUGCAAAGAUUUAUGGAGGGGAAAAUGGCGUAUGGAGCUUGGCACGAGCAUGUGGUCGGAUGGUGGGAGAAGAAGCAAACCUAUCCAAAUCUGCAUUAUAUUUUCUAUGAAGACCUGACUGAGAACUUGGGACGUGAGAUCGACAAGUUGUGUAGUUUCCUUGGCCUCUCCCCCUCAGCCGAAGAGAAGGAAAGUAUCAUGGAUGCUGUAAAAUUUGACAACAUGAAAGACAACAAACUGACCAACUUCACCAAUGCCCCUUUAAUGAAUCUGAAGGUGUCUCCUUUCAUGAGAAAAGGGAAAGUUGGUGACUGGAAGAAUCAUUUCACCGUGGCCCAAAGCGAACAGUGUGAUGAGCACUACAAGCGGAAAAUUAGAUCCCCAGGAUUGCAGUUUCGCACUGAAGUUUAAGGCUUGAACCUAUAUAACUAACCGGUUUUUGUUUCUAGACUGUUGAAAGCUAGUCAAACUGCACUAGCAAGAUUUUUAAGUUUUCUUGUUGUAAUGUAUUGUUGACACAAUUACAGUCCCUGACAAAAGUAUUGUCGCCUAUCCAUUUUGUAGAACCAAUUGCUAAUAACCUGACUUUUAAUUAUUCACUUGGUUUCAAAAAUGGCUCAUGUGAAAGCUAAGGCCCUCCCAAAUUAUGUU